CAAACGUACACGGCCUCUCGGCAGUGUCGCACCAGCAGCAGCUACAGCAACAACAAAAACGUCGACGGCGACCACACGGUACCACCAACUCACCGUUCUCGUCCAAAGACCAUCAAAAUAUCAAAUAUAAUCUCGAUCGCGAUUUUCCCGCUCACUGUUACGACGACUUUUGCGCGUCGACGCCACACGAAAUUACGACCGAACCGUAUCUAUUUCGUCGGUACCUAUUCAAUUUUUUUCAAUAAAAUUUCACUUGAAUCUGCAACGGUCGCGUGAACGACAAUAAUACUAUAACUAGAGAUACGUGUUUAUAAAUUGUUGCGUCGGGCGCUUUCGAUCGGAUUUUAUCAGCCGCAGCGUCACCGUCAGCAGCCGAUCGCAGACCUCUCCGCUCGUCUUGCCGAUACGUACGCCACAUACCGGCAGAGAGCGCGGUUCGCGCAAUCCGACGACGACUACGACCACCACCUCCACCAUAGCCGCCGACCGACAGACCGACCGAGCGACGAGAUAAACGUCUAUCGACGUCCUUUUUUUAACAAAAUAAUAAUAAUAAUAUAAUAUAAUAUUAUUGAAUACACCUACCUAUAUAAUAUUAUUAUUAUCUGUUUCGUACCUCGAAAUCUCGUAGUCAUAUCGUACACACGCACAGGCACGCGCGUACACCCGCACACCGCUCACCGACAUUAGCGCACGCGCACGCUCACACCCGCGAAACCGGUAUGUCAGCUGUGGCAGCGGUGGCGGCGGCGGCACCGACCGCGACGGACGACCCGGACGGAUACGAAGCCGGCAGUCAGGAGGACGACAUGGGAGCCGCCGAACGGGAUUUGGCCGAGGACGCGCGCUGGAAGCUCAUCCAGCAGAACACGUUCACACGAUGGGCCAACGAGCACUUGAAGACGGCCGGCAAGGCCAUCGGCAACCUGGAAACGGACCUGGGAGACGGGCUCCGGUUGAUCGCUCUCAUCGAAGUGCUCAGCGGCAAGCGGCUGCCCAAGCACAACAAACGGCCCACGUUCCGGUCGCAGAAGCUGGAGAACGUGUCCGUGGCGCUCAAAUUCCUCGACGACGAGAACAUAAAACUAGUCAAUAUCGAUUCUUCCGAUAUUGUUGAUUGUAAAUUGAAAUUGAUUUUGGGAUUAAUAUGGACAUUGAUUUUACAUUACUCUAUAUCGAUGCCAAUGUGGGAUGGCGAAUUUGGUGGCGAGCAAGUACCAAACGAAAAAGGAGCAACACCGAAACAAAGAUUGCUGAACUGGAUCCAGAGUAAGGUUCCCGAUAUACCGAUUUCGAAUUUCACUACAGACUGGAACGACGGAAAGGCCGUUGGCGCUUUGGUCGAUGCCGUAGCUCCGGGCUUAUGUCCGGAUUGGCAGGACUGGAAAUCCAACAACGCACUUAAAAAUGCAUCGGAGGCCAUGGGCUUGGCUGACGAUUGGCUUAACAUCAAACAACUCAUCAAACCUGAAGAAUUGGUCAGCCCCAACAUGGACGAACAAUCCAUGAUGACCUAUUUGUCUCAGUACCCGAACGCAAAGUUGAAACAAGGAGCACCGAUUAGAUCGAAAACCAACCCGAGCCGCGUUCGCGUUUAUGGUCCCGGAAUCGAACCUUCUGGACCGGCCGUGGGAGCCAAAACGAAUUUCACCGUUGAAACGUUUUCCGCCGGAAAAGGCACAGUCAACGUGUCUGUGGAAAACCCCAAAGGAAAAGCUGAACCGGUUGAUCUGGUUUUCAACAACGACCGAAGUCAAACUUACACGGCCACGUACAAACCGGUCGUCGAAGGACCGCAUAAAGUGCACGUGAACUUCUCCGGGGUACCGACUCCGAAAUCUCCAUAUCACGUUAAUGUGGAUGCGUCGGCUGGUGAUCCAAACAAAGUAAAUGUCUUCGGGCCUGGUAUACAGCCCGAAGGCGUGUUCACGAACCGACCCACUUAUUUCGAAAUCCAUACGAAAGAUGCCGGAAAAGGUGUUCCCGAGGUGAUAAUUCUCGAUCCUGCUGGCCGAGAGAACACGAUACCGGUGAAACUCAAGAAAGAACCUAACGGAGUGUAUAUAUGCGAUUACACGCCGGUCGUCCAGGGAGUGCACUCUGUCAAUGUUUUCUUCGCAAAUCAACCUGUGCCACUAAGCCCAUUUGCUGUCGGCAUAUCGAAUGCAUCUGACGCUAAACGCGUAAGAGCCUUUGGACGAGGUAUACAACCGCAUGGCCUUAGAGUCCAAGAUGAAGCCAAGUUCAAAAUUGUCACCGAGGGAGCAGGCGAAGGCGUUCCAGAUGUGAACGUAAUCGGACCGGGUGGAGUCAAAGAACCCGUAAACAUGAAAAAACUCGACGCACACACGUAUGAAGCAACGUACUAUCCGAGGAAAGUCGGCCGGCACGUUGUGAUGGUGACGUUUGGAGGGGUGGAAAUCCCUAAAGCACCGUUCGAAGUGCACGUCAACCCAUUCAAGGAGACUUUGAUUCGUGCUUACGGACCUGGACUUACCGGAGGCGUAGUUUCGCAUCCGGCGAUGUUCACUGUCGAAACCAACGGAGAAACCGGUUCGCUAGGAUUCAGUAUCGAAGGGCCAUCAAAGGCGAAAAUCGAUUGCCACGACAACGGCGACGGAUCAGCGGACGUCAGGUACUAUCCUAUGGCGCCAGGAGAGUAUGCCGUGCAUAUAUUAUGUGAUAACGAGGACAUACCUAAGUCACCCUACAUGGCCAACGUUGUGCCCAGUUCGGAUAUCUAUCCCGACAAGGUGAACUGUUACGGCAGUGGACUGCAACCGAAUGGUGUCAUACAAGGGAAACCGGCUGAAUUCGUGGUGGACACGAAAAAGGCUGGAGUAGCUCCACUUGACGUAAAGGUCAUUGAUUCGAGUGGCAACUUUGUAGAACCCGUGUUGAAAGACAAUAAAGACGGUACAUUUUCUUGCAAAUACGUCCCGAAGUCGAUCGGCAAACACACGUUACAGGUCAGUUAUGGAGGCGUCGCUGUACCAAAAAGUCCGUUCCGCGUGUUCGUGUCACAGCCGUUGAACGCGAAUAAAGUACAAAUAUUUGGACCCGGUAUCGAAUCCGGCGUCAAGACCAACAAACCCAAUCAUUUCACCAUCGAUUGUUCCGAUGCCGGAAUCGGUGAGCUGAACGUGAAUCUGGUAAACGAUAAAGGAGUCAACGUGCCAUUGCAGGUCAACGAUAACGAAGACGGUUCGUUCCUCAUUGACUACGUCCCGACCAACUCGGGCGUUCACAAAUUGAAUUGCACUUACGGUGGAGUCAAGGUGCCUGAUUGCCCGAUCAAGAUCAACGUACAGUCUCCGGUAGACUUGUCCAAAGUCAAAGUGGAUGGUCUCGAAACGCUGGCUCCGGUCAACAGUCUGCAGCAGUUCCGAGUGAUGACGCGGGAAGCCGGUAGGGCGGAAUUCGCGGUGGUGAUCACAGGCCCGUCCGGUGGUUCGGUGACGGCGCACGUGGUGCCCGUCGCCGACGGUUAUGUGGUGAACUUCACGCCGACCGAGGUGGGCGAGUACCGACUGAGCGUGACUCUGGGUGGCGAACAGGCGGGCCGGCCGUACCGUAUGACGUGCACGCGGGCCAGCGACCCGGGCAAGGUGACGGCCCAUGGGCCGGGCCUGGCCGGUGGCCCGGUCAACCGGCCUGCCGAGUUCACCAUCGACACGAAACGCGCUGGCCAGGGAGGCCUGGGCGUGACGGUCGAGGGCCCGUGCGAGGCGGCCAUCAAUUGCCGGGAUAACGGGGACGGCACGUGCUCGGUGGCGUACAUGCCCGUCGAGGCCGGCCACUACGUCGUCAAUAUCACAUUCGAUGACCACCCGAUUCCUGGGUCGCCGUUCAACGCGCUGGUCGGUGGCCGGGCGGCCGGCGAUGCGCCGCGGCCGCCCAACAACGUCAAGGCGUCCGGCAACGGUCUGCUGGCCAAUGGCGUUUUAUUGGGAUCACCAACUGACUUCUCCGUGGAUUCACGAGCUGUUGCCAAGUACGGCCAAGGGGUGGUUACGUGUACGGUAACUAAUCCAUCUGGUACCAGGACAGAAACGUUCAUAACGCCUCAAAGCGACGGAACAUAUAAAAUCAGUUACACCCCGUUCGAAGCAGGACCACAUACCAUCGACAUUUAUUACGACGGCGUCCCCAUAGUCGGUUCACCGUUUUCUGUGAACGUGAGACGAGGAACUGACGCGAGCAAGUGCAGAGCUUUUGGACCGGGUGUGAGCCAUGGAAUUAUCCACAAAGUCAACACUUUCACCGUCGAAACAAAAGGAGCUGGCACUGGUAGCUUAGGUUUGGCCAUCGAAGGACCUUCUGAGGCGAAAAUGACGUGCGUUGACAAUCGCGAUGGUUCGUGUACGAUCGAAUACACGCCUACAGAAUCUGGUGUUUACGAUGUGAGCAUUCAGUUUGCUGAAACACACAUUCCCGGAUCACCGUUUAAGGUCCAAGUCGAUCGUCCUGAUCGCCCUGCAACCGUAAAUGACAUCAAGGUGAGCGGGCCAGGCAUCAAUCCAAAAUAUAUCAGGGCCAACACGCCCAUCACGUUCAAAGUGGACGCUUCGAAGUCUGCUAAAGGACACGUAGACGUGAAAAUGGGAAACGACAAAGGUGUGUUACAAUCCAAACAACCAAUUAUUCGAGACAAUGAAGACGGUACCUAUGAUGUUACCUACACUCCUAAUCCAGAAGGCGCUGAACUUGUGGCCAACGUAUUGUACAACGGACAUCAUGUACCGAAUAGUCCUUUCAAGUUCAGAGUUCGACCUAAGUUCGAAUUGGAUAAAAUCAAGAUCGAAGGCCCCGGCGUUUCCGACUCUCGAGGUAUCAAGGCUUCUGUUCCCACGUAUUUCGUCGUGGACGCUACUGAUGCUGGUUCCGGAAAAUUGGACUUGAGAAUUAUGGGACCGGAUGGUUUUCCCAGGCAGGUGGACAUCGAAAAGAAGGACAAUAUAUAUAAAAUCAAGUAUACUCCGGAUGACUGCGGUCGGUACACGAUCGAAGCACUAUAUGACGGCAAACCAUUACCGCAAUCUCCGAUUCAAGUACAGGCGUACUCCACUGGAAAUGUCACCGAAGAUACGGUCGGGGUAAAACGGUUGCCCAGAGACUUUGCCGAGCAACUGCGCUUCGACGAGUACGCGCAACAGACGAUCACCACUACCUCCAAGACCACCUCCACCACCACCGACGAGUAUAGGCCCGUGGCAUUGGACAAGAUACCGGUACCUUCGUGCGGUGGACAUUUGACAGCUGAUAUUGCGAUGCCGAGCGGUAAACGAGACCAACCGUCCGUCGAGGAUAAUCACGAUGGAACAGUUUCUCUUAAAUACGAUCCCAAGGAAGAGGGCUUGCAUGAGUUGUUCGUUAAGUACAACGGAGAAAACGUUCAAGGUUCGCCAUUCAAAUUCCACGUCGACUCCAUCACCAGCGGCCACAUCACAGCUUACGGGCCGGGGCUCAUGCACGGCGUCAGCGGAGAACCGUCCGACUUCACCAUAUACACGAAAGGAGCCGGAGCCGGCGGUCUUUCGUUGGCUGUUGAAGGUCCCAGUAAAGCGGACAUCAGUUGUCACGAUAACAAGGACGGUACGGUGUCUGUCACUUACCUGCCGACGGCACCCGGCGAAUACAGGAUUUCCGUCAAGUUUGAAGACAAGCACAUCAAAGGAAGCCCGUACAAUACAAAAGUCACAGGCGAGGGCCGGAAGAGGAACCAGAUAUCCGUGGGCUCAUGCAGCGAGGUGUCGUUGCCCGGCAAAGUGCUGGACAAAGACUUCCGGCUAUUGAACGCGUCGAUCCAAGCCCCAAGUGGUCUGGAAGAACCUUGUUUCUUGAAACGCCUGGUAAACGGCAACUUGGGUAUUUCGUUCACGCCUAGAGAGAUUGGCCAGCACGUAGUGUCCGUGAAAAGAAUGGGCCAGCAUAUCGUCAACUCGCCGUUCAAGAUAACCGUGGGCGAGCGAGAAGUCGGUGAUGCAAAAAAGGUGAAAGUCACCGGCAACGGACUGAAAGAAGGCAAAACGCACGUGGAGAAUUUGUUCACAGUGGACACGAGGAGCGCUGGUUAUGGUGGAUUAUCGCUUUCCAUUGAAGGCCCGAGCAAAGCAGAGAUCCAGUGUAAGGACAAUGAAGACGGUACAUUGACCAUAUCAUAUAGGCCCACGGAACCGGGAUACUAUAUCGUGAAUCUGAAGUUCGCCGACCAUCACGUUGACGGUUCACCGUUCACUGUUAAAGUCACCGGCGAAGGAAGCAACUGUCAGCGUGAGAAGAUUGAGCGAAGGCGGGAAGCCGUACCUCUCACAGAAGUGGGUAGCAACUGCAAACUCACGUUCAAGAUGCCAGGUGUGUUGCCAUAUGAUUUGUCGUCGACGGUGACAUCGCCAUGUGGCAUCACGGAAGACGCCGAAAUCAACGAAAUCGAAGACGGUCUCUACGCUGUACAUUUUGUCCCGAAGGAAUUGGGCGUUCACACGGUGUCGGUCCGGUACAAGGAAGUCCACAUACCGGGAUCGCCGUUCCAAUUUACCGUCGGUCCUAUGAGCGAUGGUGGAGCUCACCGCGUACACGCUGGAGGUUCUGGUUUGGAACGUGGAGAACAAGGACAGCCAUGCGAGUUUAACGUGUGGACCAGAGAGGCCGGUCCGGGCUCACUAGCCAUAUCGGUUGAAGGUCCUAGCAAGGCAGAAAUCGAUUUCAAAGACCGCAAGGACGGCUCAUGUUAUGUCAGUUACGUCGUAGGCGAACCAGGAGAAUAUCGAAUUGGUAUUAAGUUUAACGACCAGCACAUACCGGACUCACCAUACAAGCUGUUUAUGUCACCAGCAAUGGGUGACGCGCACAAGCUUGAAGUGGCGCAAUUCCCGACGUCGGGAGUCCAAGCCGAUUACCCAGCUCAAUUCAUGGUUCGUAAGAACGGCGCUGUCGGUCAACUCGAUGCCAAGGUGGUGUCACCGUCCGGUGCGGAAGACGACUGUUUCAUCCAAUCAAUCGAUCAAGACAUGUACUCUGUCCGUUUCAUGCCCCGCGAUAAUGGCGUUCACAACAUACACGUCAAGUUCAACGGGGUUCACAUUCCAGGAUCACCGUACCGCCUGAAGGUUGGCAAAGGAGACGCCGACCCUGCUGCCGUGCACGCCACGGGCAGUGGUCUGGGAGACGUCAAGACAGGACACAAAACGGAUUUCAUUGUGGACACUUGCAACGCGGGUGCCGGUACAUUGGCUGUAACCAUUGACGGACCAAGUAAGGUUUCGAUGGACUGUACCGAAGUCGAAGAAGGCUACAAAGUCAGGUAUACGCCGCUAGUGCCAGGCGAAUAUUACAUCAGUUUGAAAUACAACGGAUAUCAUAUUGUUGGUUCGCCGUUCAAAGUCACUUGUACUGGUGAGGAUUUGGCUGAGCGCGGGCCACAAGAAACUAGCUCGGUGGUUGUGGAAACCGUACACAAAGUGUCUAAAGCUCACAAGGGUGGGGCUGGUGUCGUUCUGCCGCACUUUAAGUCAAAUGCUACACUCGUCACCAGCAAAGGAAUGGGUUUGAAGAAAGCGUAUGUGGGAAAACAAAAUCUGUUCAGCAUAAGCGCUUCUGACGCCGGUAACAAUAUAUUAUUCGUUGGUAUUUACGGACCCAAGGGACCGUGUGAAGAGAUAUUUAUCAAACACAUGAAACAGAACAACUACCAAGUGAGCUAUAUCGUCCGAGAACGUGGCGAAUACAUUCUACUGGUCAAGUGGGGCGAUGAUCACAUACCCGGCUCACCAUUCAAAAUCGAUACUUAAAUCUAAUGAAAAAAAAAAAAUAAUAAUAAAAAAUCCAAUGGUUCGAAGCUAGAAGACAUCUAGUGUACUCGUAUCAUUAUCAUUACCAUAAUCAAAAAAAUAAGAAGAAACGCGCAACAGGUGUCCGUCUGUCGGGAUAAAAAUACGGCUCUACCAGAUUUAUGCUGUAAUUAUUUAUUAUUUCUCUCUUCCGAUUUUAUAUUGUCAUUUACUUGUAUUACCUACUACAAAAGGAAAAAAAACAGUUUAAUUUUUAGCUAAUAAUAAUUAUUUACUUUUAUUCGAAUUUUAAAUCUUACAUUAUUUAUUUUAUAUACUACUCAUCGUGACUAUAUAUUACAUAAAUGUUAUAAUGUUUGUUAUUCAGAAUAUUAAUCAUUUAAUUAAUUUAUAUUAUAUUAUUAUUAUUAUUCAACAUUGUAAUAAGUUUGUGGUCAACGAAACGUUCCGUAAAAUGUAAUAUUGAUUUGCCUGAAAUAUAAUUAUCUAAUAUUAUAUACAUAUACCUACUUCGAAAUAGUCAAUAGCGUUCGUCGUCUAACCAAUUAUUAAACAAAGUUCAGUGUGUUAUAAGGUAUACUUAACUUAUGGCUAACCACUUCGUAUCUUCGUUAUUUGUACUGAUUCAAUAUGAUUUUAUACAAUAUACAUCAAUAUUAUAUCUAAAUAUAUUUAUACAAAAUGGGAUGCCUGUAAAUAAAGAUUAUAUAUCAUUACGUUA